GCAUCAUCAUCAACAACAACAACAGCAAAUCAAAAUGAACAAAUAUCGAUAAAAAAUUUAGAUAAAUGGAAAAUACCACAAUAUUAUUCAUUAUCAUAUCAAAUGAUUGGUACAUUAUUUCAGGGUAUCAUAUUUAUAGUUGGUGUACUUGGUAAUGUUAUGGUGGUUAUUGUUGUAUUACGUAGCCGUUCAAUGCGUACACCAACAAAUUGUUAUUUAGUUAGUUUAGCAUUAGCUGAUACAAUGGUAUUAUUAGCAUCAGUACCAAAUGAAAUAAUAUCAUAUUAUUUAUUGGGUGAUCGUUGGAUUUGGGGACCAUUUGGUUGUGCAUUAUUCAUAUUUUUACAAUAUUUAGGUAUUAAUGCAUCAUCAUUAUCGAUUGCAGCAUUUACUGUUGAACGUUAUAUUGCUAUUUGUCAUCCAAUGUUAGCACAUAAAUUAUGUACAGUCAGACGUGCAAAACGUAUUAUAAUGUAUGUUUGGAUGUUUGCAACAACAUAUUGUGCACCAUGGUUAUUUUUAACUAAAACCGAACGUAUACAUUAUCUUUGGAUUGAUCAAGAAGUUUAUACAUGCAAAUUUAAAUUAAAUCGUGAAUUUUAUAAAGGAUAUUAUCUUACGGAUAUUGUUCUAUUUUAUUUACUUCCAUUAUUAAUAUCAUGUAUAUUAUAUGCAUUAAUUGCACGUAUUUUAUAUCAUAGUAAUGAUAUGAUUAUUUCAACAAAAACAACAAGUACAGUAUCAACACCAAUGUCUAAUGUUCAUAAUCAACAACAACAAAUUCCGUCUACAACUACCACAAAACAACAACAACAACAACAACAAGAAUCACCAUCAAAUUCCAAUCAAUUGAAUCAAUCGAUAAAUCAUCAUCAUAAUACAACAACAACAACAACAAUGAUGAUUGGUGCAAAUAGUAAAAAAAGUUCAUCAUCACAUGAUUCAUCUCGUGUACAA